AGUUUGGAAAAGUGAAGGAACAAUUCCCAAAUUACACUCCACUCCACAGCAUACAAGCACAACCUCUCUCCCUCCUUUCAUCGUCAAGCAUGGCUUCUUCUGCAGCUUUUAAGAUGGUCUUUGCGCUUCAGGCCUUCUUCUCCCUCAUCCUUCGAUCUGCUCUUGCGGGUGUUAUCUGUGAGGAGCUGCCGCAGGAGGUCUGUGCUUUUGCGGUCUCGUCCUCAUCCAACCGGUGCCUGCUCGAGAGCAGCCAAGACAGUGGCGGGAACACGGUGUACCAGUGCCGGGCGUCGGAGAUAGUGGUGGAGCGGCUGCGGGAUUGGAUAGAGACGGAGCAGUGCGUGAGCGUAUGCGGCGUGGACCGCAACGCCGUCGGCAUUUCCUCGGACGCACUCCUGGAACCACACUUCACGCAGCAGCUUUGCUCCGCUGCCUGCCACCAGAACUGCCCCAACAUCAUCGAUCUCCACCUCGAUCUCGCUGCCGCGGAAGGUAUUUUCCUGCCGGAUUUGUGCGAGGCUCAGCGCGUGAAUCCGCAUCGCGCCAUGGUGGAGAUUCUGAGUUCUGGAGCAGCACCUGGUCCAGUUGCCGGUGGAGCACCUCUCCAGGUGGCUUCUCCCCCACUUCCAGUCUAAAUGAUUCUAUUGUAUUUAUAUGGAAAUUUAUUAUAUACGACAAUUUGCCUACUUAGAAUUAAUAUAAAUAGAGGGAUGUUAAUUAGGAGAUACGAGGAUUCGUGGCAUGUCAAGGAAUAGCUGCAUUGAUUAUGGAGAUUGGUUGAGAAUACCAUCUAAUUUUUAUUAUCUAAUGAACUCCUAUCUGUGUUUUUGUCAUUUCGUAUGUA